AUGUCACAGUAUCAACGGGUUGUCAUCGAUGAUACUUCAAGUGAUGAUGAUGAUGAUGCUGAUGAUGAUUAUGACGAUGAUGCUGAUAAUGAUAUUGACAGGACACAAGAUGAUAUCAGCGAAGAUGACGAAAGUAGUGAUACCAAUAUCCAAAAUGUAAGCCGUCUGUUGGAAACGUUGAGCUUCACGAAACGAAACACUUAUGGACAUCGCAUUGAUCGUACGGAUGAUGAAAUAACGAGCAUCAGUGAGAAUACUUACCUGGAAGAUAGUUUCCUUGUUAAGGAUGACAUUUCUUUUGAAGAGUAUUUAUCAAAUACAUCAAGCGAUGAGGAAUCUUUCAAAAAGAAAAGGAGUAUCUACAAUCGACAAAAUCGGAAAAUUGUACGAAAGGAAGCUGACAAGGAAAUUGCGAAAUCUUCGUCAUUAUUUAGAAGCAGUCUCUCGGAUGUAAGCAUUAAUAACGAAAAAGUGUCUACAUUGUUUGAGCUAUAUCCUGAAUUAGAGAAGAAUGUAAAUCUUGAGGGAAAUCCGUUAAACAAUGACCGUGUCGAAAUACACAGUGAAUGUGUCGAAUCCGAUGAGAGUAGUGAUGAGAAGUUUGAAAAAUACCUGGACGAAGUCAAAACUCAAUCAUCUGUAACGAAAACGCAUGAGUCACGUGAUUUAGAUGGGUUUAUCAUGACUGAUAACGAACCUGUUAUUGAAUGUAGCUCAGAAUGCGAUUCUAAUUCAAGCGAUAGAUCCAAUGAUGUACAAUUGAUUGGUAAAGUAAUGAAACAUAUUGGGGAUGAAAAAAUUCGGCAUCAUAACACUUCAAGAAAUAUUAGCAAUGAACAUGCAAUGCAUUGGCAUCACCCGACAAUGGAAAGCGAUGUUUUAGGAAAAAUAAAGCAGGAGAAAGAUGCCAAUUUACUUUUGGAAUCACAAAAUGCAUCAAACAUCCAUGGAAAGGAUGAUGACGAAAUUUUCCUUUUGGCGCUUUCACAAAAUGGACCAGUACACCGAGUUGCUCAGAAGUAUACCGCAGUUAAAUUUGCGCGAAUUCGAGAAGAACUAACGGCGAAGUUGUUCGAUGUGUACAGAAGACGUUGUUUCGAAAAUAAGUUGGAUGCAAAUAUGGUGCUGGAAUGGAAUGCACGGUUACGACUGACGGCUGGUCGUUGUCGUUGCAAACCAAAUGGCACAGCAGAUAUAGAGCUUUCCAUUAAAGUAUGUGAUACUCCAGAGCGGCUGCGUGAUACAUUAUUACAUGAAAUGUGCCAUGCUGCGGUUUGGGUCAUCGAUCAUAUCCAUAAAGGUGGACACGGACCGGCAUGGAAAUACUGGGUAUAUCAAUGUCAAAAAGUCUUCCCGUCUUUACCGCUUGUUGAACGAUGUCAUAAUUACAUAAUUGAUGCCAAAUAUUUGUAUAUUUGUGAUCGUUGUGGACAAACAAUUAAACGACAUUCGAAAUCGCUUGACACUGACCGUAAAAUUUGCGGUAUUUGUCAGGGACAUUUUAUCCUAAGAUCACGUGAUGGGAAAGAAUUCUCAACAAGGCCAGCCAAUACAUUUGCACAGUUUGUGAAGGAAAACUAUAGAACAGAACGAAAACCUGGUAUCAAGCCAGCAGAAAUCAUGAAAAUUUUAUCGCUACGUUUCAAAGAGGCAAUCUUUUGUUUAAGGAAAACAGGACAAAAUAUGUACCGCCUAUAUACAGUCCCACAUAGGAAAGAUAUAGAACUUCGGAAGUUGAAAUUGUCAUUUCUGUUGUCAAUGAGAGACUCAGUUGUAAAAUAUCAGUAA